AUGAUGAUGCAAUUUGCUCAACCAGAACCAAUGAUAUUUAGGUUUAAGUUUCAAGAAUUCCUCACUACCCCACCUCAUAAAUUUUACAUAUUCACAUUCAACUUCGUAGCCAUGAUCAAGAGACAGAGAGAAAAUGAAGAAAAAGAGAGCAUAGAGUUGGCAAAUAGUCUGAUUCUGCUCUCUCAUGUCCAAGAAAACAAGCCCCUUAAGAAAAGUUAUGUCCCAGUGGAGUUUGAGUGCAAGACCUGUAACCGCAAGUUCUCAUCGUUUCAAGCACUUGGUGGCCACAGGACUAGCCACAAGAAGCCAAAACUUGAUGCAGAGGAAAAAGCUAAGAGCUUUGGGAAUAAACCCAAAAUGCAUGAGUGUUCCAUUUGUGGUCAAGAAUUCUCUUUGGGUCAGGCACUGGGAGGACACAUGAGAAGGCAUAGGGCUGCCAUGAAUGAAGGGUUUUCUUCUAUAAAUCAGGUUAUUGCAAAAGCCCCAGUUCUGAAAAGAUCUAAUAGUAAGAGGGUUAUGUCCCUGAAAUUGGACCUGAACUUGACACCCUUGGAAAAUGACUUGAAGUUGUUGUUUGGAAACAAGGCACCUCAAGUUGAUCUUUCUUUGUUCUGAUUAAUUU